UGCAGCGGCGGCGACGGCGGCGGCAGCGACAGCGACAGCUUGCCUUCUACGUGGGAGGAGGCGGCUGGCCAGGGGUUGUGGUCCCAAAGGUUUUCCCUCUCGGAUCUGCCCACCCCAUCCUCCCCGUACAUUCUUGCUUUGGGCUCUUCGCCGCGGCGUCCGCGGGUGGUGGGACAGACAACAUCACGGCAGAUGAAGCUGUGACAGAUGGGGAAGCUGAGACCCAGAAGGCUAACUUUUUCAAGAGUGCAUAGAAGAGUCAGGAUUUGAAUUCAGUUCUGCUGAUUGUUUGAAAAGCACAAUGGCAGGUAACAGCCUUGUUCUCCCCAUUGUUCUUUGGGGUCGCAAAGCGCCAACACAUUGCAUCUCAGCAGUACUUCUAACAGACGAUGGGUCCACCAUCAUAACUGGAUGCCAUGAUGGACAAAUAUGUCUCUGGGAUCUUUCAGGAGAAUUGGAAGUUAAUCCUCGAGCACUGUUGUUUGGUCAUACAGCUUCAAUCACCUGUUUGUCUAAAGCUUGUGCUUCUAGUGACAAACAGUAUAUUGUGAGUGCAUCUGAAAGUGGGGAGAUGUGCCUCUGGGAUGUGAAUGAUGGCAGAUGUAUUGAAUUCACAAAAUUAGCCUGCACACAUACUGGCAUACAGUUCUACCAGUUCUCUGUUGGAAAUCAGAGAGAAGGAAGGCUUUUAUGCCAUGGUCAUUAUCCUGAAAUCCUCGUUGUGGAUGCCACCAGCCUUGAGGUGUUAUACUCCUUAGUAUCAAAGAUAUCUCCAGACUGGAUUAGCUCCAUGAGCAUUAUUCGAUCCCACCGAACACAAGAGGACACCGUGGUGGCGCUCUCAGUGACAGGCAUCUUGAAGGUGUGGAUUGUUACCUCUGAAAUCAGUGGCAUGCAGGAUACUGAACCAAUAUUCGAGGAGGAAUCCAAACCAAUUUAUUGUCAGAAUUGCCAAAGUAUCUCUUUUUGUGCAUUCACACAGAGGUCACUUUUGGUUGUGUGCUCCAAAUAUUGGAGGGUAUUUGAUGCUGGAGACUAUUCUCUGUUGUGUUCAGGUCCUAGUGAAAAUGGACAGACAUGGACUGGAGGUGACUUUGUAUCAGCUGAUAAAGUAAUCAUUUGGACUGAAAAUGGGCAAAGUUAUAUUUACAAACUACCUGCCAGUUGCCUUCCAGCUAGUGACUCAUUCCGCAGUGAUGUGGGGAAAGCAGUUGAAAAUUUAAUUCCCCCUUUACAACAUAGCCUCUUGCAUGGAAGAGAUAAAGAGUCUCUAAUUUGUCCUCCUGUUACUCGAUUCUUCUAUGGGUGCAGGGAAUCCCUCCAUAAACUAUUAAUUCAGGGUGAUUCUUCCGGAAGAUUAAAUAUUUGGAACAUAUCAGACACACCUGAUAAACAGGAAGGUAAAGAAGGGCUGGCAAUGACAACUUCUGUUAGUUUGCAAGAGGCAUUUGAUAAACUGAAUCCUUGUCCUGCUGGAAUUAUAGAUCAGCUGAGUGUGAUUCCCAGUAGUAAUGAACCUCUGAAAGUAACUGCAAGUGUGUACAUACCAGCACAUGGACGACUUGUUUGUGGCCGUGAAGAUGGAAGCAUCAUUAUUGUACCUGCCACACAGACAGCUAUAGUACAACUGCUGCAAGGGGAGCACACACUCCGAAGAGGUUGGCCACCUCACAGAACACUCCGUGGUCAUCGGAACAAAGUCACAUGUUUGCUAUAUCCUCAUCAGGUCUCAGCUCGUUAUGAUCAAAGAUAUCUGAUAUCUGGAGGUGUGGAUUUUUCAGUCAUAAUUUGGGACAUAUUUUCUGGAGAAAUGAAACAUAUCUUCUGUGUGCAUGGGGGCGAGAUUACUCAGCUUCUAGUUCCACCUGAAAACUGUAGUGCAAGAGUACAGCACUGCAUCUGCUCUGUAGCCAGUGACCACUCAGUAGGACUCCUAAGUUUGCGAGAGAAGAAAUGCAUUAUGCUGGCAUCUCGUCAUCUUUUCCCUAUUCACGUAAUCAAGUGGAGGCCCUCUGAUGACUACCUCGUAGUGGGGUGUUCAGAUGGCUCUGUGUACGUCUGGCAAAUGGAUACUGGGGCACUGGAUCGUUGUGUGAUGGGGAUAACGGCGGUAGAGAUACUUAAUGCUUGUGAUGAAGCAGUUCCUGCCGCAGUGGAUUCUCUCAGUCAUCCAGCAGUCAACCUCAAACAGGCUAUGACAAGACGUAGCCUUGCUGCUCUGAAAAACAUGGCUCAUCAGAAGCUGCAGACUCUUGCAACUAACCUCUUGGCUCCUGAGGCAUCUGACAAAGGAAAUUUGCCUAAAUAUUCUCAUAACGCCCUGAUGGUUCAAGCAAUAAAGACAAACCUAACGGACCCAGACAUACAUGUACUUUUCUUUGAUGUGGAAGCGUUGAUUAUUCAACUCCUGACUGAAGAAGCCUCUAGGCCGAAUACUGCGCUUAUUUCCCCAGAGAAUUUGCAAAAAGCAUCUGGCAGUUCAGACAAAGGGGGCUCGUUUCUAACUGGAAAACGAGCAGCAGUUCUCUUCCAACAAGUGAAAGAAACUAUCAAAGAGAACAUAAAGGAACAUCUCCUUGAUGAUGAAGAGGAGGGUGAGGAGAUAAUGAGGCAGAGAAGGGAAGAAAGUGAUCCUGAAUAUCGGGCCAGCAAGUCUAAGCCGCUGACCUUGUUAGAAUAUAAUUUAACUAUGGACACUGCCAAAUUGUUCAUGUCCUGCCUUCAUGCCUGGGGUUUGAAUGAAGUUCUGGAUGAAGUUUGUCUUGAUCGCCUUGGAAUGCUGAAACCCCAUUGCACAGUAUCAUUUGGUCUCUUAUCCAGAGGAGGUCACAUGUCACUGAUGCUUCCUGGUUACAAUCAGGCUGCUUGUAAGCUGUCACGUGGGAAAGCAGACGUAGGAAGGAAGCUGCCAGCGGCUGAGGGAGCUGGAAAGGGAACUUAUGGAGUGUCCCGCGCUGUCACCACACAACACCUCCUGUCUAUCAUAUCUUUGGCAAAUACCCUAAUGAGUAUGACCAAUGCAACUUUUAUUGGUGAUCAUAUGAAGAAGGGCCCUACCAGGCCACCUAGACCAAGCACCCCAGACCUUUCUAAGGCAAGGGGUUCCCCUCCAACUUCCAGUAAUAUUGUGCAAGGACAGAUUAAACAAGUUCCUGCACCUGUUGUUUCAGCUCGGUCUGAUGCUGAUCGCUCUGGCUCUGACCCUGCUUCCACUCCUGCUUUACAUACCUGUUUCUUAGUAAAUGAAGGAUGGAGUCAGCUGGCUGCAAUGCACUGUGUGAUGUUACCAGACCUGCUGGGACUGGACAAAUUCAGGCCUCCACUUCUAGAGAUGCUGGCUCGGAGAUGGCAGGAUCGAUGCUUGGAGGUAAGAGAAGCUGCACAGGCCCUCCUUCUAGCAGAACUGAGAAGAAUUGAGCAGGCAGGACGGAAGGAAGCCAUCGAUGCCUGGGCUCCUUAUUUACCUCAAUAUAUGGACCACGUCAUAUCACCUGGAGUCUCAGCUGAAGCCAUGCAGACUAUCAGCACUGCUCCUGAUGCUUUAGGGCCGGAAGCCAAAAUCCAGGAGGAAGAACACGACCUUGUAGAUGAUGACAUCACAACUGGUUGCUUAUCAAGUGUCCCACAAAUGAAAAAGAUUUCCACAUCUUAUGAGGAAAGACGGAAGCAAGCUACUGCUAUUGUUUUACUGGGAGUAAUAGGAGCUGAAUUCGGUGCUGAAAUUGAACCUCCUAAACUGUUGACCAGACCUCGAAGCUCUAGUCAAAUUCCUGAGGGAUUUGGUUUGACUAGUGGUGGAUCCAACUACUCACUGGCCAGACAUACUUGUAAGGCACUGACGUUUCUUCUGCUACAGCCGCCAAGCCCCAAACUCCCUCCACACAGCACUAUCCGAAGAACUGCCAUUGAUCUCAUUGGACGCGGUUUCACAGUUUGGGAGCCCUACAUGGAUGUGUCUGCCGUCCUGAUGGGGCUUCUAGAACUUUGUGCCGAUGCCGAGAAACAACUUGCCAACAUCACAAUGGGGCUGCCUCUGAGCCCCGCAGCUGACUCCGCCCGCUCCGCGAGGCAUGCCCUCUCGCUCAUUGCCACCGCCAGACCACCCGCCUUCAUUACCACUAUAGCCAAAGAGGUUCACAGACACACUGCUCUUGCAGCAAAUACUCAGUCGCAGCAGAAUAUGCACACUACAACUCUUGCACGAGCUAAAGGGGAAAUUCUGAGAGUCGUUGAAAUUCUUAUUGAAAAGAUGCCCACAGAUGUUGUGGAUCUUCUUGUGGAGGUAAUGGACAUCAUUAUGUACUGCCUUGAAGGAUCUUUAGUUAAAAAGAAAGGUCUUCAAGAAUGUUUCCCAGCCAUCUGCAGGUUCUACAUGGUCAGCUAUUACGAACGGAAUCACAGAAUAGCAGUUGGAGCUCGCCAUGGUUCAGUGGCCCUGUACGACAUCCGAACUGGAAAAUGUCAGACAAUCCAUGGACACAAGGGACCAAUCACUGCAGUGGCCUUUGCUCCUGAUGGACGAUAUCUUGCCACCUACUCAAAUACUGACAGCCACAUUUCUUUCUGGCAGAUGAACACCUCGCUGUUGGGAAGCAUCGGCAUGCUGAAUUCGGCGCCGCAGCUGCGCUGCAUUAAAACCUACCAGGUGCCGCCCGUGCAGCCGGCUUCGCCCGGCUCCCACAACGCCCUCAGGCUGGCCCGGCUCAUCUGGACUUCCAACCGCAACGUGAUCCUGAUGGCCCACGACGGGAAGGAGCACCGCUUCAUGGUGUAGGGCCGGGCCGCGCCCGUCCGCUGCAUCCUCCCCAGUGCUGCCCGCGCCGGUGUCCUCCAGGCGCGCGGCUGAGUCUGUCACCCCUGCAUGGUUCCGGGGGCAGGCUCCUGCUCGGGCCACCAGCUGUCUCAUGGGCACGCGCUCACUGCUCUGCAGGACGUGGCCCUUCCGUCACUGGGUCUCUUUUCCCUGCCAGGGCGGGAGGGGAAGCCUGCGGUCCCUGGGAACGCUCCUGUCGCUUGGGGCGCCGGAAGCCUGGCAAUCAGUCAACACUGUGACCGCGCCCCCACCCAGUCAGCCGUUUCCAGAGCUAACCCCUCUCUGAAGUGCUCCUUGAACCUGGUCAUUGAGACAUCGGGUUUUGAAGUAAUGUGGCAGGCCUGAUUAUUGAAGUUAUUUUCCUUCAAACCCUACAAUUAGGGUUUCCUAAAACAUACGGUUGUUUACCAAAAAAAUAUUCUGCGUUUACAUGGUUUUUUUUUUCUAAUUAUCGCUAGAAAAUUAGUCCAAUGUCCCAGGGUUUAACCACUGCCUUCUUUAUCCACACCUAACCCCUUUGAGAUUAAUGAGGAAAUAUACAAAAAAAUACUUUUUUUCCCUUAUGGGGAAUACAGUUUCCCAGGCACCCAGACUUCUAAAAUGCUCAUAUCCUGCUAAGUGAUAGUGUAGUUAAGUAGUUCAAAAUAAAAAUCAUCACUACUUAUGAUCUAGUUAAAUGAUUACCCGGUCAUUAUAACUAAUCUCUUAAACAGACUUUUGUUAAUAAAGAACCAAAUUUGGAAGCAAGCAUAGCAUAAAACUAAAAAGAUUUGUGCCUGUUGCUACAGAUCCUUUUAAGAAAAUACUUAGCCUUACCAUCCAGAAACUUCACAGGUCCCAUGUGUAUGGUCUGUGUCAGUUAUCAUGUAAUAGUUACAAUCCAGCCUUCAAACUCCCACUGGUGAAUUAAAGAAAAGCUAAGACAACAUUUCUUUUAAACAAAUAUCAAAAUUAGUAAUCAGCACACACAUUCAGGAGUAUGUAUGAAAACGUGAGGACUCUCACUUUGAGCAAACAUUGCAACGAGAGUUCAUCACGCUUCAGAGUAAGCUUUAACUAGGCUGCUUUCUUCUCGUUAUGUCAAAUUAUGCUGGUUCUUGCUCAUGGUAAUGGGAGAGACUCCAUUAAAUAAUACUUCGUAUGAACUGCUCCUAACCAACCUUGAUUGGUGUAUAGUUGGGGAUUUGGUCGGUCGGUUGGCUGUUGAUUGGUUCGCUAGUUGGGUAGAAUGGUUUACUAACUGCAAAAAGAGAAAAUGACUUAUUAAAUUAAGAGAAACUAUGUAAAGUUUGCAGAGGAACCAAAAUGCUAAUGACAGCAUUUAAUUUAAAAAGCGUAGAUUGUCAGAGUUUAUGUAAUUUACCAAAAAGGUAGGGUCACAGUCUCAGUACAAAUACAUCUGCUAUUUUAUUGAAACUGAUUUUUAAGGAGUAUGUCAAAUUGAGACCACUAGAAUGUCUCUCUCAUACUGAUAGUAUGAAGUAUGUUAUUUCCAUAGAUGGCAAACCUGUGCUAUUCCUUGGUUUUAGACUUUUGGGUUCGUUCAAAGUGAAUUUAUGCCACAUGCAUGUAUAUUGUAUUUAUGAAGAUUAUAUAUGUAGUUUCCAAGGCAGAAUAAAAGGAACUAUACAGUGUAGACUUAAUUUGUUUGGUGAACCUGCUGUUGUGUUCGGUGUAGAUAGAGAAAACCUGAGGUAAGUGAAAGAUGCACUUGUGUUUCCAGUGGGCUCCUGACUCUUUGCAACACCCAGCACAUGUUUACUUUAUGAACUUAAGUGGGGAUUAAUUUAUUGUAGACUACAAAGCUGUUUUGGAAUGAUGAAGUGAAGAUUUUUUUUAAAAAAACACCAUCUUAGAGAUUCUUUAAAAACAAUACAUUCAGUGCAUUAGGGGAAAGGUGUGGGACCAUUAGGCAAGCCACCAGAAAUGCCCAAAUGGCUCAGGGGAUUUAGAAAAAUGCUGUUAAGGGCCAGAAGAAUGCAACGUCUGGGCUGUGGGCUUAGGCCACGAGGCUGUCACACAGGCUGUCUGCACAGCCAGCCAAAAUUAUUGACCCAUAGAAUAUUAUGAUUCUAAAACUCUAGAGGGGAUGAUAUUUGAUGGUUAGACAGCUAUCUCUAAUUGUUGAACUAAUAUUUGCAUUCUUGUUAACACAAAUCUCGCCUUGGCUGUUUUGGUGAUGACAGUCCCAGCCUCCAUCACAGCUUAGAUUCCUCAGCACUGAGGCAAACUUUCUAUGAUCACAGCAGUGUGUGCUUCUAGUGUUUUAUUGAUUUCAUUGGCACUGUGUUUGGACUUGUCCUUGUAAAUGUAGAGAUAUAUGUGGCUUCAUUGGUAAUUUACAAGCAAAAGAUGACAUGAUGUGACACCUGUGUGAAAAUGCAAUGAUUGAACUGUGUACAGUGAGUGAAUUGAAAUAUCUGCCUCUCGAGACAUUUCUUGAUAGAUUCUAUAUGUGCUGAAUGCCCCUGUGUACAUAUGUGUGUUAAAUAAAACCAAACUGUACUAAAAA